CUCACUUCACUUCUUCUACUUCCAACAUUUUCAUUCUUCUCUUCUUAUUAUAUCUUUUUUGUUAUCUUCAUUACUAAAGCAAAAUACUCAGUUUAGUUCCCUUUGAAGAGAAGAAGAAUAUGGCAAAAAGUGGAUACAAUGUUAGCUUCUUGUUGCUUCUGUCAAUGUUCUUGAUAUUGCUCACUUUCACCAAUAUGGUUGAGGGUUACAACAAUCUCCAGCCUAGAGAUUGCAAGCCAAGAUGUACUUAUCGAUGCUCAGCAACAUCACACAAGAAGCCAUGUAUGUUCUUUUGUCAAAAGUGUUGUGCUACUUGCUUGUGUGUGCCUCGUGGAGUUUAUGGCCACAAACAAACAUGCCCUUGCUACAACAAUUGGAAGACUCAAGAAGGAAAACCAAAAUGCCCUUAAAUAUUAAUUAGGGCGAAAUUCUUUCAAUAUAAUUAAUAGUCGAAAAAAAGACUAUUGUCGUUGUGUUUUUGUAUCGGCGUAACUUAAUUUCUUUUGCAGUUUUAAGUAUAUUUACACGUUUUGUAUUUCUCUACUUUGUUGUUACUGAAGUCUAAGAUGAGUUGUCGUACCGGAGCAAUAUGGUCCGAGGAUUCAUAAGCCGACUCCAACUUGUUUGGAAUUGAGUUGUUGUUGUAGUUUGUUUUUACCAUCAUGAGAAUGUAAUAACUUAUUUAUUGAAUCGAGUCUAUUUUAUAAUUUUUAAUU